ACCUGCGUCUGCGCCACACCUGUUUUGUUUGUAAUCAUAUGUGAUUAAAGCAAGGAAUAAAAUUAAUGAGUAAUAGGCACAAAUAUUCGUUUUCAAGAAAUUAAAUUAUUUUUGUGUAUUGUUUUCAGUGUAAUGAGGGUACCUUAAAAAUGAAUUUGGCAAUGAUAAUGAGUUGUGAUAAAUAUUAGGUUGUGUAGUUGUGAGGAACUUUAGUAGGAGUGUUUGUGUUAAAACUGACUUAUUAUUUCAAAGAGCACUGUUAUGUAUAAAAAAUCACCAAGCAUGGGUACACCUUCUGUAUAUUCUCAUGUCACAACUAGAAGUAGUGCAAAUUUAAGAAGCAGCCGUAGUAUCAAGUCUUUGAAGACACCAUGGUACAAAAAACCUCUAAUACAGAAUUCGUUCUUUCUGGAUGUUCAAAGAGCUUCUCUUUUAAUUGCAAUUUAUUCCUUGCUACUAUCUAUUUUUACAAUCAUUACUUCUGUAUUUGACCUAUACUGCUACAUAAUGGCAGCCCCUGGUUCAACUCACUAUGGCUACUAUGUGAUUUCAUAUCAGUUUGUUUAUGUUGGAAGUAGACAUGUGAGAAAUGCAUUAGUUAUGUUUGCUGCAUUUUCUGUUUUGGGUGCCAUAGCAGUGUUUGUUACAAGUAUAAUUUUAAUAAUAGCCUUGAGAAAGGAAUACGAAAAGAAAAUGGUACCAUGGAUAGUAGCAUUUGGAAUAUUUACAGUUUUUAGACUCCUAGCAUUUUUGUUCUUCUCCAUUGUCAAUGAUAUGAUAUUUGCCUACAACGUGUUGAUGUGCCUGUUGUGGAUUGCCUUUACAGUAAUUAAUAUCUACGGAUUUGUUUUGGUUUAUUCCCUCUACAUUGAGCUUUCUGAUUUGACAAAACUUGAAGAUUUAGCACAUUUGAGGAUGGGCACCAUGCAAUCCCUGAAUGCUUCGACGACCCACUCCCUAGCCGGAUCGAGACCAACAACGCCCCACAGCACGGUAUCGACAAUGCCUAUGAAUUAGACAUGAUAUCUGAGCCCAGUAUUCCUGGACCAUCCCGAUCGACAUCAUUUUUUAGUACUUCCGGUGGCAGCACCGGAACUAACACCAGAUACAGCACAGUUUCCACUAUACCCAUAUAAAAAUGAUUAAACGC